CUCCGUCCGCCGCAGCAGAUUCUCCAUCAGCCGCUCCACUCCCGUGAACCCAGGACGGGAAGCGUCCGUCAAACACGACACAAACAGCGUCUUGUUAGAUAAAUAGUCUCGUUUAUCUUCAGUUAUGGAAGCGGCAUCCUCCUCCUCCAGUCAGUGCAGCACUUACAGUUAUGAAGAGUAUAAGGAGACAGCAGACUGGCUGCUGGCCCACACAGAGCAGCGUCCUAAAGUAGCCAUCAUCUGUGGGUCGGGCCUGGGGGGCCUGGGAGAGCUGCUCGGUGACAGGAAUGUGUUCCAAUAUAAAGAUAUUCCACAUUUUCCCACCAGCACUGUGUCAGGCCAUGCUGGUCAGCUGGUGUUUGGGAAGCUGCAGGGCCGUGAGUGUGUCUGCAUGCAGGGGAGAUUCCAUUUCUACGAGGGCUACAACAUACACACGGUGACGUACCCAGUGCGAGUCUUCUACCUGCUGGGCGUGGAAACUCUGAUUGUGACAAACGCAGCGGGGGGGCUCAAUGGUUGCUAUGAAGUUGGAGACAUCAUGCUCAUUAAGGAUCACAUCAACAUGCCAGGCUUUGCAGGGCAGAAUCCGCUCUGUGGGCACAAUGAUGAUAGGUUUGGAGUGCGUUUCCCUUGCAUGUCUGAUGCCUACGACCGCGAGCUGGGCGCUCUGGUCAAGCAGACAGCAAAGGAGCAGGGCUGCGACAGCUUCCUGCAGGAGGGAGUUUACUGCAUGCUGGCUGGACCGGCAUACGAGACUGUUGCAGAGUGCAGAGCCCUGCAGAUGCUGGGGGCUGAUGCUGUGGGUAUGAGCACGGUGCCAGAGGUGCUGGUGGCGCGUCACUGUGGUUUGCGUGUCUUGGGUCUGUCCCUCAUCACCAAUAAGGUGGUGACAGAAUAUGACAGCACAGAGAGGGCUAACCAUGAGGAGGUGCUGAAGACCACCGAGCGCAGAACCCAGGACCUCCAGAGGCUCGUCAGCCACCUCAUCACCAAUAUCUAGUCCGUUCAGCCUCUAGUACCUUUAAGUAAUCGGUGACUCAUCUUAGCUUUGAAUAAAAGGUAACAAUAAGGUGCAGAUGAUGAACUGGGCAAGAAUGUGAGUUUACAGUAGUUAUAGUUUUGGUUAACUGGGGGAGUGAGGGAGAGGGCUUUAAGAGCAGAGUAAAAAGAAGAAUGACAAUUGUAAAAGCUUGAAAUGUGCACAGAAUUUGCCGAAUGUUGACACGUGUCAACUUUGCUCUCAGUGCAAGAUGUUCAAAACCCUGGAUAUUGUCCCAUGAAUUACAUUCAUGGAGGCCUUAUAGAAUAUAUUUCUGACAGCAGACUCAAUUUUGAUUUACAAAGCUAUCAUUUCUAAAACUUGGCCAAUGAGCCGUUAAUCUAAACGUUUUAACAGAAAGCAAGGAUUGGCUUUACUAUGUUUUUACGUUUUGUUUUUUGUUUUGUUUUGCACUACCAUACCCUCCGAGGAAUAUAAUGAGAAUAGGCGAGAGAUUACCAGACAUCUACAUAAAUAAGAUAUCCGAACUGUGAAGAACCGAUGUUUGAAGAUAGUUUGAGUUAAACCACGGGUGGAAAAAAAUCAUAGUUUCAAGUAGGGUUGCUCAACAAUAAGUGGAACAUAAAUCAUGAAACCUGGAAACCAGAUUUAGGAUAAUGUAAUUUCCUGAGUGUCUCUAAAACCUGUAGGUGACAUAAUGACUUUUGUUGUGUGUUCCAAAUAUGGGGCAAAGCCUGCGAGCUAGUUCAGGCAGUCAACUCGAGCACUUAUGCUGCAUUCAUACAUAACGCCCCUUGCCACUCUACAACCAACCAAUCAGAGUCCCCUUAAUAUGCCACUCUAUUUAUCCUGCCAGAUCUCUCUCCAUGCAUUGCUUGCUGCUGCUUGCCUGCCCUACCACCUCCCCAGCUUCCACCUGUCGCCAAACUCAACUAUAUGCUGCUUCUAAUACACAUGUUAAAGAAACACGUGAGUUGUCUGACUGAACCACUAUUGUGGCGGUUACUGAUUAUAGUAUAGCAUUCCCUUAUUUAAAACGACCAUGUUCUCAUAUAUCCCAGUUCAUGGAUCAAUACAUGUAAAAGGAAUACACCGGUAUGUAUUUCUACCCUGCAUUAUUGCUGCAGGGUUGUUUGGGUUUUCCCUUUAUGGUACUUCCUGUUAUGGUUAUACUGGCAGCAUAGUGAAACCUCUCUGAUGGCUGAUAUUUAAUCACAAAACAUUAUAAUUAAUAUAAUAUAUAUGUAUGGUGAGUUUAUGCUGCUCAUUACUAGUCAAAACAUAAAAACCUUGAGAAAUACUGGGAUAAUUGUGACAUGGCCGUUUUUAUGAUCAUUUUCUUAAUUACGACUCAGCGAAAUGUUUUUUUGUUUUAUCUUAACUGGGUCAUUGAAUGAUACCCUCCAUAUUUGUUGUAUCAGCAAAUUGCUGUAUGUCUUAUUUGCCUUAAGUGAGAGCAAUGUAUGCAACUACCACCUAUCAAUGCAUCAUUUACUAGCUUAAGACACUGCACUAUGCGUUUCCCUUGAAUUAUUGGUGCACAAUGCACAUAUAGAAGCAACUUCUCCAGUACUGUCUGAGAAGUUAAUCCACAUGAUCAAAAAUGCUAAUAAGAGAGAAUAUGGAAUAAUUAUUGGGAACAAAUAGUAUUAACUGGCACCUGAUUCCUUUAUUUUGUGAUUGAUUGUUAUAAAAAAUGUACAAUACAUAGUUAUUUUAGCUAUACAAGUGAAUAUAUAUAUACACUGGGAUCAAAUCAAAGGUGUUUAUUUUUUAAGUAGACAAAUUAUGUAUUUUAAAUCAUGUAUUAUAUAUAUGUAUUAUGAGAAAUGAUGGCAUGACAAAUGAAAUGACAUUUUUGGCUGAAUCAGUUUCUGAAACAUUAUUAUCUGAAAGAAAUACCUAAUGUAAUGGCUAAUCUGGUCAAGCAGUAGUGAUGUAUGAAGGCUUUUCUUGGGUGGAUUGCAUGUGUUUUAUUUGUACAGCAAGAGACCGCAGUACUGUAAUAUCAGGGAGGGCUAUAAUACGCAGUUUUCAAUCUCCCCUGCGCUGAUCUGGAACCUGCUGCCAGGUCCCCUUGACCGUCUCAUUCAUUAGUGCUGCAAAGGCCAGAAAAGUCCUACAUCAGCAGUCUCCCUCUUAGACCAUUUGUUUUAGUCUUCACAUCAAGAUGCUAAUGGAAGAAGUCUUAAAGGGGGAUUUCCAUUUAGAGUGAAUUCGAAAUGUAAAAUCUGGAUCUGCUCCAUACACAAUAAAAUAGGGAAACUCAUAAGUCACAUACCGGUAAUUCAUUUUUUAGAUGCACCAGCAUGCUCAAUGUAUAGGCACAACUCCAAAUUGUGCAUUCCGUAUUCACUAGACCAAAUAACCACUGUAUACUGUGUUCAGUUGAAUAAUACUGUUCAGAUUAGAAUCUAAUAAAGGAUUAACCCAAUAUGUGUCUAUUGACAAAAUACAAUUUAUUUUCAUACCAAUUGUUGGUGCUUUCAAAUAAAAACGUUCAAAUGAAA